UCUCUGUCAUUUAAUCUGUUUCACUGCUUUUCUGGAGCGACUCUCCUGACCUCGCUUGUUCAGCUGCCCUCAGUUUCAGUGAGUGAGAGCACCAGUGUUCAUUUUAAACUGGAAUACUUUUCAACUUGGUAGAACGAUGGAAGAAUGAUUACAGUGUUCAGUGAGAGCCUCAAACUGUUGCGGCAGUCGACGUUUAGUUAAAACUUUCUAUUGCCUGGUAGAUCGAGUAAGAAACCAUGGAACCGAUAACCAAGUGGACACCUAAACAAGUAGUGGAGUGGAUGAGAGGUCUUGAUGACAGUCUCCAGCAAUAUGUUGCCAACUUUGAGAGAGAGAAGAUCAGUGGAGAGCAGCUGCUGAAGAUCUCGCACCAGGAUCUGGAAGAACUUGGGGUGUCUCGCAUCGGUCACCAGGAGCUGAUUCUGGAAGCGGUGGACCUGCUAUGUGCUCUGAAUUAUGGUGUGGAAACGGAUAACUUGAAAAACCUGGUGAUGAGAAUGAGAGCAGCAUCCAACAAUCUGCACAUCAGUACAUCAGAGCGCAGGAAGAUUCCUAUCUACGAGGGCAACACCUCUCACAAACCCCCCAAUGAGUUCCUCACCUCCGUGGUGGACCUGAUCGGUGCAGCAAAAAGCCUUCUCACAUGGCUGGAUAGAACCCCACUGACUGGGAUCAGUGACUUCACCAGUACCAAGAACAAGAUCAUUCAGCUGUGCCUGGAAUUGACCACCACGGUCCAACAGGAUUGCUCUGUUUAUGACAUGGAGGAGAAGAUUCUGGGCGUUUCCAAGGUGCUAAAUGUUAUCUGUGACCAGACUGUGAGAACAACCUCCGAUCCUCUAAUGAGCCAGCUGACAUGCCUGGAGGAAGUGCAGCUGACCAACAUCAAGCCAGGGGAAGGCCUGGGAAUGUACAUAAAAUCCACCUACGACGGGCUUCAUGUCAUCACUGGCACUACUGAACAAUCUCCUGCAGAUUUGUCUCGCAAGAUCCAUGCAGGUGAUGAGGUGAUCCAAGUGAACCAGCAGACAGUGGUGGGCUGGCAGCUGAAGAACCUGGUGGGUAAGCUAAGGGAGGACCCUAAAGGAGUGGUGCUGCUGCUGAAGAAGAGGCCAGCAGGCACAUCCGGCUUCACGCCUGCACCUCUUAAAAACAUGCGGUGGAAACCGCCCCAGGCACAGAGCUCCCAGUCACCCAGUAAAACCCAGUCACCUGACAGCAACAAUGGAUCAACCAGCAGGAAGCAAAAACCAGCGAUCUUGGACUUGUACAUCCCCCCACCUCCAUCCAUGCCUUACAUGCCACGGGAAGUGAGGACCAGCUCAUUCAGCAAUGUUAACAGCAGACCUAAAGGCUCAGAGUCGCCCAACUCCUUCCUGGAUAAGGAAAGCCACCGCCGCUUCACUAUCACAGAGCAUGACAAGCUGGCUGUCUAUCCUAUGGAAGCCAAUGUGGUGCAAACUCGACUUAGGGAGAGAAACUCCUCAUAUGGUAAACCACGGCCUCUCUCCAUGCCUGCUGAAACAUGUCUUAGUGUGACAGACCCUUACGCCAGGCCCUGGACACAAGGAAGGAAAGGGGAGGAUCUUUUGUACAGAUACCUCAGCAACGAGCGCAUACCUACUAUAGCUGAGGAGGUGCCUGCUAUGGGACGCUCAUACAACUCUACAGAUGAGCGAAGUGUACAAGGUGUUGAUCACGUUCGAAACAGCCGGUUCCUUGUCAGUGUAGACCUCCACAACAAUGCCACCAUCCCUUAUCAGGAAGACUUUGCCAAAAAUGCUAUGACGUCCACUCCGAAAAGACCCCCUGCGGAGCCCUCGCUACUGGAUCCUGACUGGCCAUCCAGCAAUGCGUUUAUGAACAAGUACAGCACCUCAGCAAUGCGAGCCUGGUCAUUCUCUCAAGCGGCAUCUUUCCCCAUCUCGCUAGCCCCUCGAACAGAUGCUGAUGAAUACAACCCUGUGUCCCUCAGGCACAAGUCUAAGAAGAAGACUCGAGACAAUGCAACAAUGAGCAGGAGGAGGGUUUCCGUGAAGGACCUGAACCCAGUGGACCACCAGGGCUGGCUUUACCGAAAGACUGCGGGGAAAGGGUUCCUAGGCAUUAAAUGGAAGAAGUACUGGUUUGUACUGAAGAAAACCUCACUGUAUUGGUACACCAACCAGCUUGCUGAAAAAGCAGAGGGUUACAUUAACCUGACAGAUUUUCUGAUUGACCGGGCAAUGGAGUGCAAAAAGAAAUAUGCUAUAAAAGCGUGCCACCCAAAGGCCACAAUUUUCUUCUUUGCUGCUGAGAAUCAUGAGGAGAUGAACAUAUGGCUGAAUAAGCUUGGUCUUGCGUCCAUACAGUAUGAACCCAUAGAAAGCCAUCCAGCUGAAUGUUACAGUGAAUCUAGUGAUCAUGAGGAGGCUGAGUCCACUGAAGCACCCCCUCCACCCUACUCUGAGCAGCUGCUGAACCAGACUGUGAACAAUCCACCAGGAACUGGACAACCACGGAGUCUUCCUCCUCCAUACUCAUCUCCUGUUCCCAGUGAGGCUUCCCCAUCCACUCCUGUGAGCACCAUGACGUCCCAAAGCUCUAUGUCCUCUCUGGCAAAACAGCGCCAGUCUUGGCUAGACCUUGUUUCCCAGGCUGGACCUACUGCUGCAGAGAACAUAGUGUCCUUUGCUCAGGUUCACGCUCAAGAAGACACAGCACCAAACUGCUGUAAGACUGCUGCUGCUCUGGCCCAAGAACCCCGGACCAGCGUAGAACCCACACAGCAUGCGCCGUCUCAUUCAGAACAGAACCUGAUCACACAUAACUUCAAAGUUGAGGAAAGCACUAGUGAUGAGAUGGAGAAAUUGUACAGAGAUCUGAAAAGGGCAAGCCUAUCUCCCAUGGGUGAGCGGAGGCCAUCAUCAAAACGGGAAUUCAGAGCUUCCUUUAUAAAGCGCUGCAAAAACCACAAAGUCAAUGACAAGUUGCAUCUCGUUCGAGCGCUCAACAGCACACUGAAGGCUAAAGAGGCAGAUUUGCUGACUCUGGAUCAGGUGCUAGCUGACCCUGCACUCACAGCAACUAAAUUCCGCCAGUGGAAGGAGACAAACAUUGUAUUGGUACAGGAAUUGCAUGCGAAAGUUCCUCCUCCUCCUCCUCCUCCUCCUCCUCAGACCCAAUCCUGUGAAGCCUCUGAUUUAACAGCUGCUGUUUCCCAUCUAACAGAGACCAGUUUAUAGACUGACUUCAAGCAUAAACGUUUAGAACGACAAGCAGGCCACAACGGACCAGAGUCUGAAACAUUUCCCAUUUUGCCAGAUAUUUUUAAAAAAAUGGAAGGACUUGAUGCAUUAUUUGUAUUUAUCUUGUAUUAUAUAUCCUACAUUUUAGAACCAUCAAGUGUCUCACCUCAUUGCUGGAGAGUCUGAUAAUGUUUUUGUGUUAGCUCCAGCUGGAGGAGUCUUUUUAAUUUUUAUUGUCUCCUGAUUUUUAGUGGACUAUUUUUUUAAAACUAUGUACAGUCUUAGAAUGUGUUUCUUGUAAAUGUUUGCUCACAUUCACAAAAUGGUUUAUUUCCAUUUUAGUGAGAUAAGAAUAAACACUCAUGCUCAAAACUGAAA